GUGCGCACGACUCCUUGCCUGCAGCAGUAGGCUGUGAGCGCAGAGCCAGAGACACCUCAGGCUCUGAAGUGCGCUGGGACCUGGAUGGACUGGCGGCUCGUCCGCCAGUCCGUUUUCAUCUCUCCUCUGCCUAACCAGCACACUGAGGCUGGUAGGCUCCUAGCUUUCCAGUCCUUCUCCGCAUAGAACGUUCUAAGGUGGAACCAGGAGUUUCUGUUUGUGAAGAUUUGGAAAAGGACUUCAUCAUCUAUAUCCUUUCUUCUCCCUAAACAAAAAUGAACAUUUCUUUGCUGUCACAAAUGGAAACUAUAAUUGAUUGGUUCCGACCAAAUAUCAGUUGGGUUCCACUGAUCGAGGAUCAAAAUUACAGUCACACAAGUGUGAAUAGAACCAACUCAACUGCAGAAUGGGAAUAUCCAACAGAAUCAAUGAGAAAAUGGUUAGGGAACAAUGCCCACAUCAUUGCUAAGGUUGUGCUGAGUAUUGCAUAUGUUAUCACCACAAUUGUAUCUCUCUUUGGCAACUGCCUGGUAUGCCAGGUUUUUCUCAAGCACAAUGAAAUCAAAAAAUCAACGGGCCUUCUCAUCUUCAAUCUGGCAGUAUCUGACAUUACGAUAAUCCUCCUCAACUGUCCAUUUGCUAUGACUCGUUUCCUGGCUGGCCAGUGGGUGUUUGGUAGGUCCCUGUGUCAUGUCAGUCGUUUCGCUCAGUACUGCUCCCUCCAUGUUUCAACUCUUACACUUAUGGCUGUUGCCAUGGACCGGCACCGGGUAAUUCUGCACCCAAUGAAACCAAGGCUAACAUACUCCCAAAGCUUAAUGGUUGUUGCCGUGAUCUGGAGUAUUGCUAUAUUCCUUGCUCUUCCACAUGCAAUUUACCAGAAUCUAUUCAUCUUCUUGAACGAGGAUGGUGUUGCCAUGAGCUACUGCCUCCCUUCCUUUCCUGGACCCAGCCAGCUGGUUUCGAAAUAUGUGGACCUUGGUACAUUUAUCUUGCUGUACGUUCUGCCACUUAUGGUGAUUGUUGUAACCUAUUCUCACCUAGGAAAGAGGCUGUGGCUCCAGAAUGCUAUUGGCGAUGCAUCUGCCCGUCAACUGAUGGCACACUACCAGAAGCGGAAGAAGAGCAUCCGGAUGCUGAUACUUAUUGUGUUGGUCUUUGCAGUUUGUUGGUUUCCACUUAAUUUCUAUGUGGUUCUUAUAUCCAAUGCAGGCGUAGAGAAUGAUAGCGUGCUUUUUUAUGCCUUUCACUGGUUGGCAAUGAGCAGCACCUGCUACAAUCCUUUCAUCUACUGCUGGCUCAACAGGAGCUUCCGUGCCAAACUAAGAUCGGUAACAUCUUUAAGAGUGCAAGCACUGUUUUUAUGCAAGAGCUCCCAGGUUCAGAAAAUAAAUGCACCUGAGAGUCAUGAGCUUCAGGAACUCAAGGCAUCUUCACUGCUACGAGUUCCCCUGGCUGUUCCAGAGGCCCCGGUAGUUGAGGAUCCCAGUUUGGCUACAGGGGAUAAUUCCCAGGGUUCUGUUCAGGGGGAUUCGUCAGAUCCAGAUCCCUCCCUAGAUGAAGAGGUGGCGGCGGGGCCCUCCACCCAGGAUGCUUACUUUUGCAUUCACGUGCAGACUACCAGUCACUAAGUUGGGCACCCAUCUGAUCCAUCAGAACCUUGCUUAAUGAGUACCUUCGCACAGACAAUUCAGUCAGCGAUGGCAUAACCUUUAACUUAGAUGUUGAGUACAGUGUUUUACUAUCAUGUGCACCCUCACAGUCUUAGUUCUGGCGUCAGAACUCUACUUGAUAAGUCCACUGUGCCAUAAUGUGGAGAACUGACUGGCCAGACCCUGAAGGAAUUCGUUGUUACUUACCUUAAGUACCUUUGAAGAUGAACUUACAAGAACUAGAUAUCCUGAAUAAGAGUCUUUCUUUGCCUCCAGCUUUGACCUGUGAUUAUUGCUAGUAGUGAUAGUGAGAUGGAGGAACUGUGAUUGAGAGAGGUCUGUGUAAAGCAUUACUAGGAAGACCACUUGCCAGCCCCUCUCUACCGUUGGGAACACCCUUUUCUCCACUGCACUUGUGCACCGACUUGGUGCUGUCAUAUAAUGACUUUCUGCAUCAACUUAGUCUGAGGCAAAUACUCAUGGCAAGGAACAAGAAAUACUGCUGAGCGACUCUGGACUUUCAUUACCCCAUCUUUGUAAAUGUGACUCUGUAUACCCAGUCUACAGAUCUUUGAUGUUAGACUGAUUUCCCCAGCUUCAGAUAUCUCAUCUUGUAGAUUACUAUGGACUUUAUCUGGAGGAAUUACUUGGACUUUGAGCUAACUGAACUAGUGUAUACAGGCAUAUGUGGUCUCUGAUGAAUUUGUUGAACUUUCCUAUCAAAACUGGCCAUCUGAAUUGACUAUUAACUGACUGGUGGUCAUACCUUUCUCCUAAUACUUUCACAACAAGCAGAUCAGCACCCCCACCCCCAAACUAUUCCCUAUCAACUAUAAUUUGUCAUACCUUAACAUGACAUAAUCAAGUGCAUACAUGCACACACAUGCAUACACUUUUAUGUUCACACAGGUAUAAGCAUGUAUAUAUUGCUCCUUGUUACCUCUCAUGCUAUCCACCUGCCUGGUGCUCUCACUUAUUUCUACCUGUAAUUUUCAUGCUCACUGAGCCUAGACAAGAUUUCAUGCCUUAAAGUGAAGUCUUGGAGGCUCUGAGAUUGUGGCAACUUUUUGCCUCUGUUAACAGCAUUUCCUUACAGUUGGUGCUUCACUUUGUUUGAUUUGAUUUGAUUUUUUUGAUGUUGUCUAUCUCCCUGUGAAAAUUGUACAGAUUCAAAAUCAAAUUUGUGUUCUCAUGUGCUAAUUCCAUUCCUUUGCUUUUUCUAUGCUUUUCUCUAACUGAAUCAAGUUCAUUUUAUUUCCCUUUCUCAUAUACCCAUUUCAACCCAGUUCACUUUAGUUGAUAGUCUACAUUCUCUUUUGUUGAUUAUUUCAGUCUCACCCAUACGGUGUUAUACACUCCCUUCCGGAAGUACCCUCAUAGUCUACAACACUGCUUCUCUCUCCUUUCAACAUUCCACCCAGGUGCUCACUUUUCCAGAUUUGUUUGUCCUAGGAUAUUUAAUCUUGGAUUUUGGUUGCUGCCUUAACCAGAGGUUCAGAACUUCCUGUGCUGAGGCUCAUCAUCUCUUCACUAACUGAAGCCUCCUCAUUUCCGGUGCUUUGUUCCAUUGUAGACUCUAGUCCUUCUUUCUGUUUGCUUCCCCUGCUUUGCUUUUCCUCUCUCCCACCUUCCCUCUCUUUCUCUCU